CACAUACACACACACACACCUUAACGCGUUUACGGAGUUCAGCCAUUAUUAAGGAAACACAAAAACAGAUAACUCCAAAACUUAAUCCAGGAUGGAUGCUUCACAGCUGUUCUUUCUGCUGGUGUUCUAUGGAUAUCUGCCAAAAGUGUUAUCAGUGCAGAUGUGUGACGUGGUGAACGAGAUCGAACUGGAGAAAGAGCGUUGCGAGAACAGCACCUCUGGGAACGUCACUUCAGGUUGCCAAGGCAUGUGGGAUAUAAUCGCCUGUUGGCCCACAGCCAGACUCGGAGAGGUGGUUACAAUAAUGUGUCCAACUUACUUCAGUUACUUCAGUGACCAGCACAAAGGUAACCUCUCUAAAACCUGCACAGCAGAGGGCUGGACGGAGAUGCAUCCUAUUGAUAUCGCCCUGAAUUGUGGUUACAAUCUCAACAGCACCAGUGAUGAUGGCAAGUUUUUUUGGCAAGUGAAGAUUGGAUACACCAUUGGCCACAGUGUCUCCCUCAUCUCCCUUACCACAGCUAUUGUGAUCCUCUGCAUCUUCAGGAAGCUCCACUGCACAAGGAACUACAUCCACAUGCAUCUGUUUGUGUCAUUUAUCCUGAAGGCCAUCGCUGUGUUCAUCAAAGAUGUGGUCCUCUACGAGGUCGGGGAGGUGGACAACUGCUCCUCAGGCUCUGUUGGCUGUAAAGCAGUGAUUGUGUUCUUCCAGUACUGUAUAAUGGCCAGCUUCUUCUGGCUGCUGGUGGAAGGCCUCUAUCUUCAUGCAUUGUUAGCUGUGUCUUUCUUCUCCGAGAGGAAGUACUUCUGGGCGUACAUUCUGAUUGGCUGGGGAGGUCCAACAAUUUUCAUCACAGCUUGGAGCAUCGCAAAAGCCUACUAUAAUGAUGUGGGAUGCUGGGACAUCAUCGAGAACACUGAUGUCUUCUGGUGGAUCAUUAAAACCCCUAUUUUGGCAUCAAUCCUGAUGAACUUUAUCCUCUUUAUCUGCAUCAUUCGAAUACUCCGUCAAAAGAUUAACUGCCCAGAUAUUGGAAGAAAUGAGUCCAACCAGUAUUCGAGGCUGGCGAAAUCCACGCUGCUUUUGAUUCCUCUUUUUGGCAUCAAUUUUAUCGUGUUUGCAUUCAUCCCAGAGCAAGUGAAGACUGAGCUGCGGCUAGUUUUUGAUUUGAUUCUGGGGUCAUUUCAGGGCUUUGUGGUCGCAGUCCUUUACUGCUUUCUUAAUGGUGAGGUCCAAGGAGAGAUCAAGAGGAAGUGGCGGAGGUGGCACCUGCAGAGAUACAUGGGCUCCGACACCAAAUACCAACACCCGUCUAUUGGCAGCAGCAACAACUUCAGCACGCAGAUCACCAUGCUGACACGAUGCAGCCCCAAACAACACCGGGGUUCAUCUUCAUGUCACGAUGAUUUGUCUAGCAUAUGA